AUGCUGGAUCGUCACGGGAUCGGCGGCUGCAACAGCCACGGUCUCCUUCUCCUGCGACCCCGCGCUGAACACAGCUUCCUGAUGACCAACACACUCUUCCGCCUGCCGAUGCGGAAGAAGACCACCCGGAUGCGUCCCCGAUCGCAGCAUUGGCAGCUGCAGGACUACGUUCCCGUCCGGAAGCAAGAUCGGUAGGACGUGCUGGUCACCAAGGCGAUCUGUGACGCUGAUGACUGAAUGGACCAACGCCUCGUCAUCUCCAAGAUGAAGCUCUGACUAUUACCCCAUAGGAGGCCGGGUUAGUUGUUUUUGCCUACCCACCGUCUAUAUUUCAGCAGUCAACUGACCCAGCAGCUGGAAGACCUGCCAGCUCCAGUUGAAAACGCGUCCAUGAAGACUCACUGAUGCCAACUGCGCGGCGCCGUCCAUGCGAUCACCCUGAAUUCCUCGACUGCACAUGUCACCAGCACCAGAACUGGCUCGAAGAUAAUGACGUAGUUUAUAAGCAACUUGCUCGCCGAGAAUAACAAACGGUAUCGAACCUACGUCGACCAUCUUACUUAUGAUAACAAAACGGCGUUAUACCAAUGUCGUCGCCUAGUGCAGCAAUGGUUGCAAAAAAUUCAGGACACCUGGGUGGCUCGCAAGGUCAAGGAAGUCUGGAGAUAUGCUGGCCGCAAUGAAACCGAGAACUUCUUCGCUGCGAUCAAAGCGAUCUACGGUUCCCAAUUAAAGGAAAUUCACCGCUUCUCAACUCCGAUAGAUCAACGUUUCUGACGAAGAAUUCGCAGAUUCUGAAGCGCUAGGCCGAGCACUUCAGAAACGUCCUUAACCGCUCGUCCGCAAUCUCCGAUGCCGCCAUCGACCGACUCCCACUAGCGGAAUCCGACAUCGACCUGGAUCUCUCGCCCUCUUUUUCAGAGCCAAUUAGCGCCGUGCAACAAAUUUCCAGUGGGAAAGCACCAUGCUCAGUUGCGAUGGCACUUGAUAUCUACAAGAACGGCGGCCACUGACUGAUGGACCAAAUCACGGCGCUCUUCCAGGAGAUGUGGCAUUGUGGGAAAAUCCCACAGGACCUCAAGGAGGCGACCAUCGUCUAUCUCUACAAGCUCAAAGGGGACCGGCAACUCUGUGGCAAUUACAAAGGCAUCUCGUCACUCUAUACCGCUGGGAAGGUCCUCGCUCGCGUCCUCCUAAAAAACCUCAGUGGUCUUCUACAGCAAGUUCUCCUGUCGGAAAGCCAUUGCGGCUUCCGACGACACCGCGAGACCACUGACAUGGUCUUCGACACUCGUCAGCUGUAGGAGAAGUGCCAGGAGAUGAGAACACACCUCUGCACUACCGUCGUGGACUUACCGAAGGCCUUUGAUAUGGUGAAGUACGAAAGACUGUGGAGAAUCAUGUAGAAAUUCGGCCAUCCUAAGCGAUUCACGCGCAUGGUACGUCAGUUCCACUACGGAAUGAAGGCGUGCAUCACAAACAAUGGCGUAAUUUCCGAGGAGUUCGCAAUGGCCAAUUGAGUGAAACGGGGCUGCUUUUUUAUGCCUACCCUCUUCAGCCUCAUAUUCUUUGCCUUCCUUAUGGACGCCUACCGUGAUGAGCGUUCAAGAAUAAGCAUCGCCGGUAGAACUGAGGGGCAUAUUCUCAACAACAGGCGCAUGCAGGCCCGAGCGCGACGAUCGGCGAUCACGUACAAUGAUCUGCUUUUCGCCGAAGACUACCCACUCAACAUUACGACCGCCUAAGGCUUGCAACGGUCAUGGACCUCUUCAACGCCGGGUGUGACAACUUCAAACUGAAAAUCAACACGAACAAAACGGUGGUCGUGCACUAACCGCCAUCGGAAGCGUAAAACUGUGUUCGUCGAAUCAUUGUUGACAGCAUGCAAUUCAAAAUUGUGGACAACUUCUCCUACCUAGGAAGCCCACUUUCAUACAGCACAAAAAUCUUGACUAAGUGGCUGACGGAUCUCCAAACCUGACCAGGCCUUCUUCCGGCUGCAGAACUCCGUGUGGAACUGAGAUGGCAAGACAGGUUCUCGGACAAAGAGUUUCUCGGACGUACCAGCAUCCCCAGCAUCCCCGCCAUGCUGAAACAGCUGCGGAUGCGAUGAAACGGUCAGCUCGUGGGGAUGGGAGAUAUACGCCUGUCUAUGCAACUCUUCUACGGAUAUUUUUCUAUGGCUACUCGCCGACAGGUAGGACACAAAAGCACGUUAUAAGGACAUUCUAAAAAAACUUUCUGAAAUGACUAAAAAUCAACCCGAAGGCCUGGGAGUCCUUCGCCCAGAACAAACUGGUCUGGAGAAGGGAAGUGAAGACGGAUGGAGCCUUUUACGAGGCAAAUUAGGUUGUCGCCGCCAAAACCAAGAGGGCUGCUGGAAAGUCACAAAUGCCUCGACUCCUCACUGCCCACCCUGCCAACGCACAUUCCGCGCGUAAAUCAGCCUCAUAGGAAACCUUUGGACGCAAUGAACCAACAGCCCGGCAAUGCCAACUCACCUUUCACGAACACCCCUAGUAUCACCCCUGCUGCAAACCCCGCAACGACGUCCAUGUCGUCACCGCCGAUCAGACUGCCAAUGUCCGGCCCCGUCAAUCGUCGAAGUCAUCCGACCUGCCCCAAUCCCUGCGUCGCUUACAGCUAUCAGCUCCUCUGACACCACGAUUUCUCACACCCCCCUCACUGAUGGGACGGCGUCAGACAUCCCAUCAUCUGCCGCCAUCACCAGCACCCAUACCUCCAGCGAUGUGGACUCGAUCUAUACCAGUCCUCAUUGCAGUCACGCAUUUACCUCACGCAUCAACCUGCUCGGUCAUUUUCGAACCCAUCGCACAGAGACUGGCUAACCAGUGUCUGGAGCAUCCACAUACAUUCGCGGGGUCCGCCUUUACUGUCCACAGUGCCCUUGCAAAAUCUUUCAUUGCAUGGGCCUGGUCAGUCACAGGCGUAUCCACGACAGUGAAAUUCACCACAGUACCCACACACCCAUAGCCCCAACGCGGACGAAAAUCAGUCUGAUGUCGAUGUGCAACAAUCUAUGAGUAACGCCACAGUAGCGAAAUAUCGCUGUAAUGCUGACAGGGCAAGAAAGGAAUUACCCAUAAAUCUUAAGCAAGUUAACGUAAUAAGGGAUGUCACAGAGUCCACGUCAUCUAUUCCGAAGGAGUGAGUAACUGACGACCAGGAUCUUCUUCACGAAUAUGCCAGUGCCGUCCUGAAGGAUGUGUUAAUUUUCACCGUUUAAGAGCUUUCUGACUAGACAAAGCAGACCCAGACCGUGACCUAAAACAUUCCUCGGCCCUCUAAAAGUUAUUUAAGAAAACGAAGCGCAGACAGUGCUUCAGUUAAAAGGGAGAAUGGACUUGCUGAACUUGCUCAAAGAUCUUUUUCAGCCGGACUACGAACCUAGGGACUGACUGAGGAAUAAGAGAACCAAGGACCGAAUAUAGGGGGAGAAUUGGCAGAGGGCAGAAUGGGCUGAGAAUAAAAAGUGGUCAAAAAAUCUAGACCAAAAGUUUUUCCUUUGGUCAACACGUGUCACUAUAAAGGCGGGAUCUCCACGACGAAACGAUUAUUGCAGAUGCACAAAACCUGUUCAACAAAUUCGAUUAGCUAUGAAACUUAAUGGAAGGGGUAGUCGUAUAUGUAAGGGAAGGAAUUUCAGCAGUUGAAAGAGCCCACACCCUCUCCCUUGAAUAUGAAUCCGUCUGGAUAAAGAUAAAGAAGAGCAACGCACAAAAUCUAGAAUUUCUGGCGAUUUACAGACCACCAAAUCUUCUGAGUGCAGCUGAUGAGUCGCUCCUUGGUUUAGUCAAAGACGUAGCUAGCCACCAAGAGGUACUUAUUGCUGGGGAUUUCAACGCACCUGCAAUAGAGUGGGAAACAAUGGCAGUUAAUGGUGGACCAGCCUCUUUCAGCAAUAAGCUACUGGACCUCACACUCGAUCUCCCUCUGGCGCAACAUGUGAAGGUACCAACAAGAUUUCGAGAGAACCAGAGAGCAAAUUGUCUAGACCUAGUUUUCACUAAAGACUUCUCGAAUAUCGACGAAGUGUAUUCCAAUGCACCUCUCGCGAAAAGUGACUAUACUACGCUAUUAUGGGAUUACUCGCUCCUCUCUAAAUGCCAGAAGAGAACAGAGGGCCAACCUAAUAUAUGGAAGGCGGAUUUUAAUAUGAUGAAGAACGAAUUGCUGUCCAUGAAUUGGGACCAAAUACUCAGGGGAGAUCCGGAGGACGACUGGAGAUCUUUUAAAACGAUUUCACUCGAUCUGAUUAGGCGCUGUUGUCCACCUAAAGUACAAAAAACAACUAGUCGACCUGCUUGGUUAACUAGGGACCUAAAUAGGCAGCUACGGAAGAAAAGCAAAAGAUGGAAAAUAUUCAGGGAAACUGCGUCACCAGCGCAUUUCGAAGAAUUUCGUCGUCAACGAAAUGCGUCAAAAAUGUACCCAUCAGGCACGGAAGGAGUAUGAAUCCAAAAUUAUACGACAGGCUGAACAGAAACCUAAGAUUUUAUUUCACUAUCUGAAAAGUAGAUUGAAAAAUAAGGACCCGGUCGCGGUGCUGAAGGAUGAUAAUGGUGUAGAGAUCAUUGAGAACAACGAGAAAGCCGAACACUUAGGACAGUAUUUUGUCUCCGUUUUUACUAGAGAAACAGAGUUUCGCUGUCGCAGUGCCGGCAAUGCUCUUAAGACUGUUGGUCCCGUGCUUGACUCCAUACUCUUCCCGACAGCUGUCGGGGAAAGGGAGCUGAAAAAUCUCAAAGAAGCAAAGUCCUCGGGUCCGGACAAUAUACCGGCCAAAUUCUUGAAGGAACUGGCGAAUGAACGUUCCAAACCACUGGCGCACAUCUUCCGCUCGUCAUUCGAAUUAGGGAGGUUGCCAUCGGAAUGGAAGACAGCAAAUAUCUUUCCGAUAUACAAGGGCGGGGCUCGCACUAAUGCUAACAAUUACCGGCCUGUUAGUCUAACCUGCAUCUGCUGUAAAAUAAUGGAGGCCAUAGUUAAGAAAGCAACUAUGGAGUUCCUGGAGCAGGGCCAUUUAAUCUCAGUCCUGCAGCACGGCUUUAGACAGAACCGCUCGUGUCUUUCCAGUUUAUUGCUUUCGACGGAGCAGUGGACUCGCGCACUGCAUGAGGAUGGGAGGGUUGAUGUCAUAUACACAGACUUUACGAAGGCGUUCGACAGCGUCCCACACAAACGCCUAAUCUACAAACUUUCGGAAAUUGGGAUAAGAGGAACGCUGGUGACAUGGAUAACAGAUUUUCUUACCGGGAGAUCGCAAACCGUGUGCAUUGAGGCCUCAAGGUCAACUCCUACUCCCGUUCUAAGUGGUGUACCCCAGGGCUCCGUCUUAGGGCCGUUGCUAUUCCUGGUUUACAUUAACGACUGCGUCGACGACCUGGGAUGCAACGCCAUCAUGUUUGCCGAUGAUGUUAAGCUGUGGAGACCCAUCAGAUCUGAUGCAGACAGGUACGCGCUUCAAGACAGUCUCAACCGCCUAAACAGUUGGUCAGCUCGCUGGCUCCUCAAUUUUAAUGUGGACAAAUGUGUGGUCCUGAGACUCCGCACCAGACAGACCAGAAAGGAGGAUGAUUCAUUUCAAUAUGUCCUUGGUGGUCAGUCCCUUUAAAAUGUUGUGGAACAGAAAGACCUGGGCGUCCUAAUGACCUCCUCGCUGAAACCAUCAUCACAGUGUCAAAGGGCAGCCAAAAGUGCAAUAAGGGUGUUAUUUGCGCUGAGGCGAGGAUUUGUGCAGAUCGACAAGGAGCUGUUCGGAAAAACCUAUGGGGCAUUCGUCCGGUCUCACUUAGAGUAUGCAGUCCAGGCCUGGCGACCGUGGUUAAAGAAAGAUUAUCAACGACUGGAGAGAGUACAGGCGAUGGCUACGAAGAUGGUCAAGAAUCUUCAUAAUUUGCCUUACGAAACCAGGCUGACCGAACUAAAUCUGUUUCCUCUAAAUUACAGGCAACUGCGCGGCGAUCUCAUUCAAACCUACAGGAUUGUCAGAAGCCGUGAGUGUGCCCUAGAUUUUGAUGAAUUCUUUGAAUUGGCCCGGACUGACCGUCUGCGUGGUCAUCCGUUCAAACUGCAAAGGAAGCGGGCUCAUUCGGACGCCCGACGGAACGCCUUCUCACACAGGGUCAUCGGGGCAUGGAAUGGACUCCCUGAUGCCGUCGUUCUUUCCGAAAGUGUCAAAUCCUUUAAGUGCAGACUGGACGCUCAUUUGUUGAGAACCUACUGUACAUACAAUCAUGAUUGUUUUAGCGGCGGCAGUUUGCGCCUAGCUCACAUUUACCGCUAACUUCUUAACUUUUCGCAUUUACUGAUGUAAUUGAUGACUUUAUUUCUGUUUAUCGAUAUGAAUAGGGUGCUCAAGGGCGAAAGCCUCAUUCCCUUAAUAAACUGACUUAAACUGACUUGAAUUAGGGCGGAACUUUGUGAUUUCACAGAAACGCGGCUGUCUGAAUAUAUUGCAGGUUCGUAAACAUCAUCUAUAGCAAGCUGACCACUAUGGCUGACAUACAUAGUCCGGUAAAGGAUGUGGAACUGUUAAACACCACCGCUGACGCUUUUAAGAUGAACCGUUAGCUGAACCAGACUUCUGACCAAGAUUUCAUUCUCAUAACCGCAUUGCAUUAGGCCAGUGAGAAUAAAGAUGUGCAUAUUGUUGGGGAUUUUAACGCUACCGGCAUUGACUGGUAAACGUGGACUGCCCAAGGACUAUCAUGUAACUUUAAUCACAAGCUACUACAAUGAACAGUGGGCAAACUUCACUGCCAGAAAGUUGCCUUUAGAACGCGGGCUAGGGAAGAACAACAGUCGAACUACCUUAUUUUUUGCGGGGGGGGGAAUAUGCUAACGUAUAGGAGUGACCGCCAUCACGGUCAAGCAACUAUAUAAAGCUGUAUUUAGAGUACUCAUUGUUUCAAAAUCAAUUCGAUCUGCUAAAAGGGCAAAGAAACCCCUGCCGUCCUCAAAACAAUCAACCGCAAACCGCCAAUAUGGACAAACUCGAGCUUGAAGGUCUCUUUCAAAAAAAUGAAAUAAUUUUUGGAGACGUUACAGCGCAACCUGCUCCGUAGAGCACCUACAGGAAUAUAAGCAGCAACGAUACAUUUGUAAAAAUGAGGCUGUUUAUCUGCGAAGGAAAUUCAGACUGAACAAACUGCAAAAUUUAGUUGGACAUGCCGAAAUUUUAUUUGGUUACAUACGGCGUAUUCAAAGAACUCAGAAACUGGUCCUUGUCAUUAGGUCUGCAAAUGGAAAACUGGAGGCCGACGAUCAGAUUAUAACAUCACCAUUUCUAAUUUCUUCCAUUUCGUCUUCACCCGGGAACCUAUUCUUUUUUGUGCCUUCACCCGCUCGCCGGCCAAUGUUCCUCCUCCUCCUCCUACUCCUCCUCCUCCUCCUCCUCCUUUUCCUCCACCUCCUUCUCCUUCUCCCCCUCCUCCCCCCUCCUCCUCAUUUUGAGACGGCAAACCCCUAA